UCAAGUGGAAUAAACGUGACAAUCGCGGACGGACUCGGUUUUUUGGUCGUUUCUCGCGACUAAUUUUAUGGGUUUACGACGCUUGCACGGCCCACGUGUACGGUUAUUCGUCGAUUGACGCGUCAACAUGGCCACGGAGCGGGCGCCGGAGGCGCGCGACGUCGCGAAAAUCGCGGGCGACUCGAUGAAGCCGGAGAGGAUCUUCCUGUUCAGCGGCAAGAGGAAGUCUGGAAAGGACUACAUCACCGAUAUCCUGUACGACAGGAUUGGCCCGCAAAGGAGCGCAAUCGUACGCUUAUCGGGGCCUAUAAAGACCCACUGGGCGAAAUCUCUGGGUCUCGACAUCGAUCAGUUACUCGGGCACGGGGAGUAUAAGGAAAAGUAUCGGCAGGAGAUGGUCAAGUGGGGCGAGGACGUGAGAAGGAAGGACUACGGCUACUUCUGCCGCGCCGCCGUUGACAUGUACGACGCGCCGGACAAGCCGGUGUGGAUAGUAAGCGAUGUCAGGCGGAAAACGGACAUCAAAUGGUUUACCGAGAACUUCGGGGACGCGUGUAGGACUGUGCAUAUAGUUUGCUCCGAGCAAGUCAGACGGAAACGCGGCUGGGUCUAUACGCCAGGCAUAGACGAUUCGGAAACGGAGUGCGACCUGGACGACGUCGACAACUGGGACGUCGUGCUGGAGAACAACGGUGACGGCGACGCGGAAGCUCUGCUGCGACAGUUGCUGGGCCACGUUAGCUAAUCACAAAUCUCCGUGCCCUGUCAUACGCACAAUAAACGACGUUUCGCAAUC